AGCAUAAAUACCAACUCAGAGUAAACAGGUAUCACAGCUUCACCUGGGACCCAGUAGGGACAUCAUCAACACUCCAAGGAACUACACAUCUUUUUGCUUUAGACCCAAUUUUUCCUCACUUGCUCGGAAGACAAGACCUACAGACAUGGACAACAGACUAGUCUUCACUGUCCUGUUAGUGAUGCUGUCCUCGGAGUUUAUAGGAACAUACGCUCAAUCCUCAGUUACAGCAACCACGAUAUCGGUAACGACGACAACAGCAGCCACAACUACAGCAUCCGCAACAACAACAACAGCCACAACUACAGCACCUGCAACGACAACAACAGUCACAACCACAACCACAGCAUCAACGAUGACAACAUCAGCCACAACUGCAGCAUCCACAACAGCAACUGCAGCACCAACNACAACUGGGACCACUGUGUCCGUAUGUCCAGCUACUCAGAUAUCUAUCAAUAGGUCAGAAUGUGGAUCCCAAAGGCUCUGUGCAGCUGAGCCCUCCGACUGCGACGCGUCUACAGACGCAUCAUGUUCCUUUCUAUCUGCCCAGCAGACCAGUGGUCAAAUGUUUAGGUUUGAGCUCACAGGAGAAUCUACUGGCUACGUUGCUGCCACCCUGUCAACUGACACCACAGGGGGAGGCAAUGACACAUCCUAUGUCUGCGCUAACAACAACGGCACGGUUGACAUCUUCGGCGCCUUACUUGACAACAACAUGUUGACUCGGACAACACUGGAAGUGACCUGUUUGAGUGCCAUAAUCAAUGGAACCACAAUCCAAUGCACCUUUAAUGCCACAAUACCAGAUUCAACUGCUAGGACAACAAGUUUCUCACUUGCAAUCUCAAAUGGAACUUUCAACUCCACUUCUGGUAGCCUGGGAACCCCCAACACUAUACUAAGAAGCCCUGUUCUAAACUUGGCACAACCUAAUGUUACCGUCGUCAACUUGGUUAAUAACUCCACCACCAACGCCACAACUGUGGCCCCCACAACCACUGCCCACGCAGUCACACUCCAGCAAUCACUACUGCAAGCUCUGCUGCUCACUGUGGCUGCCCUGGCUCCAAGCAUGCUAUGAGGAAAAUCAAACCUGCAACAUUCAAAAAUAUGAGAAAUUCCACAUCCAUGCAUUUGUGCUACUGAAUGAAAACUUGUCUUACAGGAGGUUUACUAUAAUUUAGUUUUGUACUAACUCAUCACAGGUGAAAGAAAGGGGACUGGCAUAAGUGGUAACUCUUACAAUUUUCUGAUGCUUUUGAAACUUUAUAAGACUUGUAAACAAUUUUAAAACCCAGGACUGCUGGAUUUCUGUCCUAUGCCUCAGAUGUAACGUAUUCAUUAAAAUGUGUAAAAAACAGGGAACAAAUAAAAAGCAGAAUUACAAUUAGAAGCUUUAAGAUUUAAACUAUGUCCACCAGAAUCAUCAAUAGAUGUCUUGGUUUAUACAAAUUUUGGGUUUGAGGUCUGGUUACCUUUUAAACCCAUCUUAUUACUGUCAGGCAAAAACCCCAUGUAUUGACAAGUCAAUCGCAAACACUGCAGUCAUUGAAUUGUUAAAGUGUGAUGGAAGGAAAAUGUCUUCCUACACAGUAAUGUCAUAGGUUUUAUUCAAAAAGAUGAGGAACCAAUGAAAAACUUUUGUUUCCAAGAAUAUUCUUUUACAUUUCUACAGAACAGAUAUGUUUGUGUUUAUCACCAUUUACACUCAUGCAUGACAGUUUUGUGGCACACACAAAGCAAGCAAAGAGUGCGUCUUUCUACUCUCCUAUUACUCAUAAGGAUGCCAGCGAACGGCAGAUAUGUUUUUACAUCAUGUUCUUAUUACUGUGAAUGCACACGGGUAGUUGAUUGUUCAACAAUGCUUAUACGAUGAAGCCUUCACUGGCUGAUAUAUUUAUGUGUGUUUGUGCAAGUGUGCAUGUUAAUGAGUACAUGGUAAAUACAUAAAUAAUGCUACAUACAUAGACGUGACACUAAACAUUGAAGAAAUGUAUUUUGCAAAUUGCCUUAUGUCACAAUGAAGUUUAUAUUAUAUAUUUAUGAAAUAAAUGUUUUACGCAAACUUA